AUGGCGAUGCGCAGCACGCCGCUGGGUGCCCUCCCAUCACGCCUAGUCCAUACCGUCAAUACCUCCAGGCAAUGCCUCCGACAAUUCCACAAACCGGCCAGGCCAGCAGCUUCCGUGCCCUCGCCGACCCCCUUCGUCCCGGACGUGCAGACUUUCCUAACCCUGAUCGGCCGCUCGAUGUCCAAGCACGCGAGCAAGCUGCCCUCGUGGGAGAAACUCUUCACGCUCAAUUCCAACGAGCUCCGAGCAGCGGGCAUUGAACCCGCCCGCCAGCGCCGGUACCUGAUGCGGAAGCGCGAGAAGUUCCGCAAGGGCCUGCAUGGCCCCGGAGGGGACCUGGAGCAUGUCGUCGACGGCGUAGCGCAGUUGCGAGUCGUUGAAGUUCCCGAUGCCUCUGCGAAACCGGAUAACGGGAAAGCCUACCUGUCUGCGUCGGCGACCCUAUCCCCCGGCAUGAGACGGGUGGUCGUCAAUCUGCCUCCAGAUGCAACGAAAUAUGAGCACAACUCGGAGUCGCCGCUGAAGAAGUUCGCACACAUCAAGAUUCACCGGGGCUCGAUGAUCAAAGGGCCUUUCCUGCAGCCCGUACAGGGGAGCAAUGGCUCGGUGGCAACGCUCAAAGUCCAGGAGGGGAUGUGGGAAGAUAAGCGGGGACACAAGGUUGAUGGAGGUGAGAGGCGCCGGGUCGAGGUUCAGGCCAAGCGGCGAGUUGAAGAGCGGAGGAAGGUGAGCGCGUGA